CUACCCACCAAGGAAACCCCCCAAAAAAAAGAAAAGAACUGUACCAAAAUUCAAUCAGAAAAAAGAAAAACAAGAAAAAGAAAGAAAAAACACAGGUAGAGAAACAAUAAGAUAUACCAUGGCAGGCAGAGUGGCUGGUCUUUUGGUGCUGUGCCUUGUGUUUGCUACGGCAGUUCAGGUGAUCCGAGCCCAGAUGUUGUUGGAUCAGUACCGACAGUGCUUCAAAGACUGCCAUGACAGCUGUGAGACCGAGGGCAAUGGCAACACCUUCUGCGAGAUGAAGUGCGACGGCGACUGCAUGGCCAAGGAAACCGCUGCUAAGCUGGAUAAGGUCAGACAAGACAUGGCUGCAGGGCGGGAAGCUGCUCAGAACUCGGGCCGAUAGGUCGAGCAGCCCAGUCCCGUUCCUGCACAUUGAACAACUCUGAUGAUGAAACAAAACAGUCCAAUGGAAUGAGAAGAUCACUUCCCCAUCUCUGAGGGAGUUUUAUCUUGUUCGUGUUUUAAAUACUGCAGUAGAGAAUAAAUAAGACGACAGAGUUCUGUCCCGGUUUGUAGGAUCUGCUGUCUGAGUAGUUUCAGGAUUCUUCCUUUCUUCGCUCGAAUUUGAGAGCCAUUGAAAUGUGAAGUUGCAUUGCAAGAAAAUUUGAUAAAUAUGCAUGCAAUAUCUUCGGUUAA